AGAUACUCAUAUAUAUCGGAGCACUAAAAUUCCUGGAUUUUUUGCAACGAACAAACUUUUCACAAAUGACUGAUGUGGAUAUCACUGCAGAAAUCAAGGACACAGAUAUGCCCGAAGAAAUGCGCCACGCGACGGUUGAAUUGUGCAAGGAAGCUGUCAGGACCAGGGAGGCUGAAGGCAAGAUCGCUUCGUAUAUAAAAAAUGGCAUGGACAGCGCUUUCCCCGGAGUCAAGUGGCAUUGCUUGGUUGGGAAAGCUUACUCCAGCUAUUUCACUCACGACGAAGGCUCCUUUAUAAAUGUAGUGGUCGGAAAAGAAAACAUCAUUGUAUUCAGGGCCUCUUAA